GAGGUUUAAAAGGCAGGUUGAAAAAAAGCAUUGCUACAGUACCUUAGGGAGGUCAGUCACUGUAGCGUCCCACUGAAGAAAUGGUUAAUCUACGUGGUCUCUUCAUACCACAGCUUCUGUUUGCUUUCUUUACAACAUGUCUCUGUGAGAUCACUUCAGCAGAUGUCAGAUAUGUCCAUCCUGGAGAGACCAUCACCCUGCCCUGUAACAUUACUGACUAUCCGUUGAUAUCAUGGUAUCAACUGAGAUCUGAUGAAGUGAAGCUGCUGAUAUCUGCUGAACUACUGGGCAUAGACAAAAUCUUUUCCCUCUCUUAUACUGUGAAUGAAAGCCAUUUUGGUAUAAAAGAAAGCAGCAGUUUGGCCACUUUAGUGAUUAUUGGAGUUAGAGAGACAGAUGUGGGGUUUUAUUACUGUGAAGGUCGAAACAGGAUACACAAACAGUUUGAGAAACUCAUAAGACUCAACUUUGCAGAUAUUUCACCUGCCCCAAAAAAUCACUCCUGUAAUUCAGCUAAGCAUCAGGAUACCCUGCGGUCUACAGGAUUAGAGUUCUGGAUUGCAGUGUGUGUGUGUUCAGUCUCAAUCCUAAUAAACCUCAGUUUUGUGUUUUGCUGCAUAUUCAAAGGAAAGUCAUUAACGUCUUGCCGCUUCUCCAGUAACCCCACAGACUCCAAACAAAAGGAAGAAAACAUUCAGUAUGCAAGUGUCCAGUACAAAAGAAGGUCCAGAGCAACUGCAAAGAAAAACACAGCAUUAGAGUCAGACAAAGUGAUUUAUGCAGCAGUCACUCCGAAGACCAACUGAGCAGCACAAGGUGUCACAGAUUGAUUAAGCAGCAUUAAAAUGGUCUCUCUUCUCUGUCUCUCCCUCCAAUCUGUUUUAAAAAGGAUCUUAAAAUGACAAUACGAUCUUUAAAAUUAAAGGUUUUAGCCAAUAUAUCAGGAAUUAUUGCAUAACUAUUAUUAAAAAAUUAGAUAAUUAAAAGUAUUUAUGUAAAUGUAAACACAAUAAAAUAAUUUCACCAUAAAUGCAUAGUAAAAUCUUCUAAAUGCUUUUAUUAGACCAACCUUAUUUACUCAUAAAAGUGUGACCAAAUUUAAAGCUCCGGGGAACCUGGUAUAAAUUUUGUUACAAUUUCAUUUAUUACUGUUUGUGUAAUUUGAUUAUUAAUUUAGAUAAUAUCAAAAAUGUAGAAUUUUUUCAUGAUAUUUACAACAAUACAUUGUAAUGUCUUUCAGAUUUAAAGUGAUUAUUACUUAGAAAUUAAUUAUAUAAUUAUGUAAUUUUUUAUUAUUAUUAGUAGUAGUAGUAGUAGUAAUAAUAAUAAUAAUAAUAAUAAUAAUAAUAAUAAUGGUAAAUAAGGUUUAAUUAUUUUACUGCAUAAAUGAUAAACAUUGGGAAAAAUAUCUACCUGAAAAUGUACCCCAGGAAAUGGACACAGUUAUAAAGUGUUAGAGUGAAAUAGUGAGGAAAAAAGAUGAAAAAAAAAAUGUGAUUCUUGUGGACAGUUUUAUUCAUUACUUAUUAUAUCAAUUAAUAAAACUAAAGUAGCUUGCAUGAUAAAACACUUCGGGAAUUCUUGUGGAUAUGUUAUGGCAGUUUUAUUAAUUACUUAUUAUAUUGAUUAAUAACAUUAACUUGCAUAAUAAAAAGCUUCUGGAAUUCUUGAGGAGAUAAAACAGCAAUGACAAACAUUUUUUAGCAAGUCCCUGCUGUAUCAGAAUUACAGAUGACUCUGUCUAUGUUAAUAGCUACUGUAACUGGCUUCUUUUUAAAAUGCAUGAAUUACAUUAAAAGUGAAAUUUACCAUCAAUAUAAUACCCAUGUUGAGCACUUGAUGCUAAUCUCUGUGUAAAAAUGCACAAAUAAUUUUUUACAUUUUUUACGUGAUUUUAACAUUGUGUACAAUGGUCACAACAGUCACAGGAACAUACUGUAGCCUUUCCGGUAUGUCCCUCAUAUAUACUUCUGGGUGCCACAAAAUCAAUCAUGCUCCUAAAACAUAUAAGAAUUACCAUUUGAUUAUAUAGAUGUUUCUUUAACCAUGUUUCAAAUUACUGAUGUAAACUUCAACUCAAAUGUACAAGCAACUAAUAAACUUCUUUAAGUCUUCUAAA